AUGGCGAAUGAAGAACUCGCCUGGGACCUGUUUGUAUACGGCUGGCGAGAUGGCCAUGCCAGACCCCAGCGGUUCUCCUCUGCUAGUGAGUCGGGCGCCGGGGUUGUCACAGCAAAGGGGCAGCUCAUCGGUAUUGUGUUGGCCGCCAACAGCGCGUUGGACUUUGAUGGCACGUAUUUCACGCCCUAUGAAGCCAUCGAGAAGGACUUUCUUGACCAUGGUCUUUCCGUCGUGUUGCGAUGA